AUGGCAGAUGUACCAGACGAAAUUACUAUGAUUAUUCUCUCAAAUUUACCAGUGAAAUCCCUCUUACGAUUCAAGUGUAUUUCCAAGCAGUGGGGUUCUUGGAUUUCAUGUCCAAAAUUUCAGCUCUCCAAUCAAUCACAAAGUGGAGUGAUCGUUGACGUGCUCUUUUGUUACAAAGCUCCAUGUUCAACGACGGGUAAGAUGAAUAAGCGCUCCAUCCGAUUCAUAAAUCAACAACUCGCUUCGGAAGAGUUUAGUUAUCCCCCCAUGAAAAGGGGUCGUAAACAAGAUUGUGGCUUGUUGGGUUCUUGUCAUGGUCUCAUACUGAUAAAUUCGGAUGAGCAUAUUUACUUGUGGAAUCCUGCCACUCGAGUUUGUACAAAGGUGCUUGAGCUUGACGACUUGGAUGAGGCUGGCUAUUGGACACGUGGGGGACUUUGUUUCGAUUCCUCCAAGAAUGUUUACAAGGCAGUGUUGAUUAUGUAUAAAAACCAAGAUUAUAGUGUUGAGUUUGUUAUAGUUGCUAGUCUUGAAGACAAACAAUGGAGGCAACUCGAAUUCCCUUAUGAUAUCCCCUCAAUGAGUGAAGGGAUUACAAUGUUGGGACGACUUCACUAUAGGGUAUGGGGCAAUGAUGGAAGCAAAUUAAUUUAUUUUGAUCCCAUCUCUGAAAAGUUCCAUAUGUUUCCGGUCCCUGAGCCUAAGUCUAAUCAAGAAGAAAUUGUUAUAGUUGGUUUAGGAGUUUUAAAUGAAUGUCUUUGUAUCAUGACUUGUUUGGAACAUGAUAAAAGUGCUGAGAUAUUGGUCAUGAAGGAAUACGGAGUAAAGGAAUCAUGGACAUCAUUAUUUUCCAUAAGGAAUUCAGAAGUAAAGGGAUCAAUAGCAGACAUAAAUUAUCCUUAUGGAUUUGUAAUAUUGCUCUUUUUCGUGACAGAGAAUGGUGAAUUAGUUUUGAUAUAUGACUAUUGUGGCAAAGAUGUUGCUGUAUACAAUCCUAAGAAUGAUAAUAUGAGAGAAAUUGUCGAGGAAGAGACAAGAUUUAUACUUGGCGCCAUCGUUACCUAUGUGGAAAGCUUGAUCUCGCCAGUGGAAUACUGCUGGAGUGAGGAGCGACACAGAAUGAUUGAAAAUAAAUGGCUUUUGGGUUAG